AAAGCUCAACGCCUAUUGGUCGGCUACUUUGAAAGGCGUAAGUGAGGCUGCGAGCUGCUAUAAGAGCUUCUCUUCAUUCAUUACUGUAUAUGGAAGAAACCUAUAUGCGCUUCUAUUAGGUUCUCUACGGUCAGCGGUAAAAAUUGACAUUCCAGCGCACCUAUCACAGCCACGCUUCCUCUCACCACUAGAAGCAGGUGUGGGCGGAGCUCGGUGCGGCGGGACAUCGGUAGCAGUGAGGAGGCACCUAUGGUUACAGAGAGGGAGACAUGGGGGGCAGAGUGUGCAGGAGCUGCCUGAUGACCCUGCUACUGCUGCUCUCACACUCCCUGCUGGCCUGGGGUCUCCGGAUCCAGGAUUACUUGUAUUUCCAGGUGCUGAGCCCGGGCGACAUCCGCUACAUCUUCACCGCCACCCCCGCUAAAGACUUUGGGGGAGCCUUUAGCCAGAGAUACGACCAGAUCCACCUGGUCCCUGCGGAUCCCCCCGAGGCCUGCGGAGAACUCAACAAUGGCGCCUUCAUCCAGGGGCAGAUCGCACUGGUGGAGCGGGGCAGAGGCUGCUCCUUCCUGUCCAAGACGCGGGUGAUCCAGGAACAUGGCGGCAGGGCGGUCAUCAUCACCGACAACGCGUCCGACAACGACAGCGUCUACGUGGAGAUGAUCCAGGACAACACCGGGCGGACGGUGGACAUCCCGGCGCUGUUCCUGCUGGGGAGAGACGGGUACAUGAUCCAGCGCUCCCUGGAACAGCACGGCCUCCCCUGGGCCAUCAUCUCCAUCCCGGUGAACGUCAGCAGCAUCUCCACCUUCGAGCUCCGGCAGCCGCCCUGGACGUUUUGGUAGCCGCCACUCAGCGCCAUCUGGUGGUGUUUUUUAAUUUAUUUUUCACUUUUUCUAUCCCAUUAGCCAGCAGAUGGCGCUGUUUAGUGUAUAUUUCUAUACAUGAAGGGUUCUUCUUGCUUUUGUGAAGCCGA